AUGCAUGCAGACAGCCUAGUAGAGAUGUUUGGGGCUUUCGAUGCAUGCGUUGAAGCAGCAAGAGUGGAGCCCGCUGUCUUUGCCUUUGCUGCCUGGCGACACCAGCAGCAGCAGCAGCAGCAGCAGCAGCAGCAGCAGCAGCAGCAGCAGCAGCAGUGGCUGCUGCAGCCAGGACAGUGGGUGGAGGUGCUGGCUGGAUUAGAGCCAGGUUCUUACGUGUAUAGAGUGGAGUGUCUAGGCUUACCCUCUCGUUCUUUUUCUCGUUUUUCUGUGGGGGGCCCCUCGGGGGCCCCCGAUGCUGCAGCAGUGCUGCGGGGCUCAAGCAGAGCAGCAAUAGUGCAGCAGCAGCAGCUGCAACCGCUCGUGUUUCUGCUGCCUGGCGAGGCCUGGGGCUGGCAGCAGCUGCAUGCAAAGUGGGGUCUGCAACCGCUCGUGUUUCUGCUGCCUGGCGAGGCCUGGGGCUGGCAGCAGCUGCAUGCAAAGUGGGGGAAUACAAACUGUGUUUUGCUGCCGCAUGCAUACGGGGUAGACCUCACAAGCCCAGACUAUGGGGGCCGGGUAGUAUACGCAGCUCGCAGCAGGGCCUGUGCGAGCAGCAGCAGCAACAGCAGCAGCAACAGUAGCAGCAGCAGCAGCAGCAGCAGCAGCGGCGCGUCGUUGAGAGUAUCUGACUUCGGCGCAUCCGCCGCUGCCGCAGCAGCGGCACCACCGCCAGGAGCAGCAGCAGGAGCAGCAGGAGCAGCAGGAGCAGCAGCAGCAGCAGCAGCAGGAGCUGGUGGUGGUGGGCAUCGUGUACACAUUGAACUAAACUGGCAGCAGCUGGAGUUUGCUGCUAAGCAGAUGCUGCACCCUCGCCAGCUCUUCUGCCGCUUCGGCUUGGAGGGUACCGAGACAGAGGGGGGCCCCGCAGAGAGUUUUGUUGCUCUGGGUGUCACAGACCUGCCCCCGCCUCUGUCUCUUUUCGUCGAUGAAACAGCCAGCAGCAGCAGCAGCAGCAGCAGCAGCAGCAGCAGCAGCAGCAGCAGUUCAUCGCCGUCACAGGGGGGAUCAACUUCUCCUGCUGCUCGCAGCCGCAUGCGAGGGGCUGCUGAGGAGGCAAAAAACCGAAGCAGCAGCUGGAAGGGAAUGCCGCCGGAGGCAUCGGUGGUGGUGGAGCUAUCAGAUGAAGAGCAGCAGCAGCAGCCACAGCAGCCGCAGCAGCAGCAGCAGCAGCAGCAGCAGCAGCAGCAGCAGCAGCAGCAACAGCUACUGAAAGAGCAGCAACAGCAGCAGCAGCUACUGCUGCAGCAGAUGCAGCAGCAGCAAGGGAGCAGCAAGUGUGCUGCAUCUCCAGAAGCAGAAAGGGAGGAAGAGGAGAAUACCAGCAAAGGAGAAAUUGAUGACUUGAUUAAAACUCCACCGCAGGAGCAGCAGCAGCAGCAGCAGCAGCAGCAGCAGCAGCAGCAGCAGCAGCAGACUGCAGCAGAAGACUCCUCCAUAGAUACUGCUCUGUGGCGAUCCGAGCGCCUCUGUCUCCGCUGCCGCAUGCCUCUAUUAGCGCGUCGAUGCGGCGCAGCAGCAGCAGCAACAGCAGCAGCAUCAGCAGCUGCAGCAGCAGUACCUGCUGCAGCAGCAACAGCUGCACCAGCUCCUUCGUUCCCUGAGAGGGGCUCUGCUGCUGCUGGCGUGCGGCGGCGGUUUAGGGCUUAUUCAGAGAGAAGCAAAUCAACUCACUGCGCAGCAGCAGCAGCAGCAGCAGCAACAACAAUAGCUGCAGCAGCAGCAAUAGCAGCCAUUGCAGCAGCAACAAUAGCAGCAGCAGCAGUAGCAGCAGCUGCAAUAGCAGCUGCAAAGCUGCAACAGAAGCUGCAGCAGCAGCAGCAGCAGCAGCACCAGGUGCAGCAGGAGGAACUUCAGCAGCAGGAGCUGCUGGUGGCACUGGUGCUGCAGCUGGUGCUGCUGCUGCUGCUGCUGCAGCAGCAGCAGCAGCAGAAGUGA